AAAGGCUUUAUGUCACCCAAAACAAUCAAGUUUUGUGUUUUGUAUUAAGUUGGUUGAAGCAUAUCUUAUUUCAAUAUGGAAUCAAACUGUGUUCAAUUUCUCGGGAACAAGACGAUUCUCAUCACUGGUGCUCCUGGUUUUCUUGCCAAAGUUCUGGUAGAGAAAAUUCUGAGGUUGCAACCAAAUGUGAAGAAGAUAUAUCUUCUGUUGAGAGCUGCCGACACUAAAGCAGCCAUGCAACGGUUACGUAGCGAGGUUGUGGAGAUAGACCUUUUUAAGGUGUUGAGGAAUGAUCUUGGUGAAGAAAAUCUGAAUGACUUGGUUCGUGAAAAUAUCGUGCCGGUUCCCGGUGAUAUAUCCAUCCAUAAUUUGGGAGUGAAAGACUCUGAUCUCUUACAACGUAUGUGGAGUGAGAUUGAUAUCAUUAUCAACAUCGCAGCCACCACUAAUUUCGAUGAAAGGUAUUUACCCAAACUUGUGAUUCUUGACGAAUAUACAGAAAAAUUAACAUUAUGUAUUCUUUUUAAUGUUCUUAAUAAAAAUUACAGAUAUGAUAUCGGUCUUGGCAUCAAUACAUUUGGAGCUCUCAAUGUUCUCAAGUUCGCCAAGAAGUGUGUUAACGGACAAUUACUUCUCCAUGUCUCAACCGCAUAUGUUUGCCGCGAAAACUCGGGAUUGUUCCUUGAGAAACCAUUCACGAUGGGACAGACUCUCAGCGGAGAUACUAAGCUAGACAUCAAUGUAGAAUUCGAGCUGAUGAAGCAGAAACUGAAAGAGCUCCAGCAUCAAGAUUGUUCUGAACAAGAGAUCUCACAGUCGAUGAAAGAUCUUGGAAUGACAAGGGCAAAGCUUCAUGGAUGGCCAAAUACAUAUGUAUUCACCAAAGCAAUGGGAGAGAUGCUAAUGGGGAAGUAUAGAGAAAAUUUGCCACUUGUCAUCGUACGUCCAACAAUGAUUACUAGUACUCUCGCCGAACCAUUUCCUGGUUGGAUUGAAGGAUUGAGAACUAUAGAUAGUGUGAUUGUUGCAUAUGGCAAAGGAAGACUUAAAUGUUUUCUUGCGGAUCCAAACACAGUACUUGACCUUAUACCAGCAGACAUGGUGGUAAACGCCAUGAUCGCAACCGCAACAGCUCAUUCAGGAGAAAGCGGGAUCCAGACCAUAUAUCAUGUCGGUUCUUCUUUUCAAAAUCCAGUCACGUUUGGACAACUCCACGAGACCACGGCUCGUUACUUUACGAAGAAACCUCUUGUCGCUCGCAAUGGCUCACCAAUCAUAGUAACCAAAGGAACACUUUUAUCCACUAUGGGUCAAUUCAGCCUCUACAUCACUCUUCGUUACAAGCUUCCUCUACUGAUACUUCGAUUGAUGAAUAUAAUUUACCCAUGGGGUCAAGGAGACAAAUACAAUGACGACAGCCGCAAAAUCAAGCUAGCUAUGCGUCUCGUUGAGCUUUACCAGCCUUACUUACUCUUCAAGGGCAUAUUUGAUGAUUUAAAUACCGAAAGACUGCGAAGGAGAAGACAGAGCAUCAAAGAGUUAGAUGGAUCGUUCGAGUUCGACCCCAAGUCCAUUAACUGGGACGAUUAUAUGGCCAACACACACAUUCCUGGCCUCAUCACCCAUGUUCUUAAACAAUAAAUAUUAUAGUAUAUAUAUUUAUAUAUAAGUAAUUAUGUGCUUGAAUACUAGUAAAAUCCUAUUGUGAAAUACUGAAAUGAAUUGGAAUCCCGUGUGUAAUAUCAUUAUAUUAUAUAUUUUUUAUCAUUAUAUAA